AUGUCGGAACGAUCCAUAGACGUUGAGAAGAAAGUGGUUAAUGCUGAUAGUUGUUCUGUGGGUACUUCGAGUGUGGACGAUGUCGACGUUGCCUUGAGAUUUUUAAAGCAAAAUGGACUUGAUGAAGACUCUAUGAUUGCUGAGGAUGAAGGCGUACCAGGCGAGGAGGCCAACUUUUAUGGUUCUCAUGAACUGGCACCCAAAGUGCUGAGAAAGGUAGAUCUUUUCAUCUUACCUUUUCUAUGCUGUACGUAUCUUCUGAUGUUUUUGGAUAAAGCACUGCUGAAUUAUGCUGCAUCCAUGGGUAUCAAGGAUCAUUUGAAAGGUGACGAAUUCUCUAAUUUGGGUACUAUCUUUUCUGCUGCUUACAUUUUCAUGGAACCUGUGGUCACUUACUUGAUUCAGAAAUUUCCGAUUUCCAAAAUCCUUGGUACGUUUAUUACUCUCUGGGGUAUUGUGUUGGCUUGUCAUGCUGCUUGUAAGUCGUACGCCUCACUGAUGAUCGUUCGUACACUUUUGGGUCUCUUUGAAUCCUCAAGUGCGGUUGGUUGUAUCGCUAUUAGUGGUAUGUAUUAUACUAAAUCUGAACAGAGUGCGAGAAUUGGAUUCUGGGCCACACAGGCCGGUACUGGUUACAUUAUCGGUGGGUUGAUUUCAUUUGGGUUUUUGCAUUACCACGGUACAGCUUUUACCUCCUGGCAAAUCAUGUUUUUAGUCGUUGGUUUGGUGACUGUAGGGUUUGGUGUGAUGACAUUCUUGUACCUCCCAGAUAACGUUACCAAUGCUUGGUUCUUAAGUAAAGAGGAAAAAAUUCAAGUUGUUGAGCACAUUAGAGCUAACCAAACUGGGCUGGAAACAAAGAAAUUCAAGAAGCAACAAGUUAAAGAACUAUUUUUCUACGAUAAAUUUACUUGGCCAAUGCUCCUAUUAACUGCAUGUUCCCAAAUUUCUACGGGUGCUAUUGGUACAUUCUCAGUCACUAUCACUGGUACUUUCGGUUUCGACAAAUAUGAAACAGCAUUACUGCAGUUGCCCAUUGGUGCUAUUACGGCUAUGAUUAUUCUUAUAACAACCCAAAUGUUGUCCCGCUGGGGUCAUAUCACCCUCAUAACCACUUCCAUGUAUAUCCCGGCUAUUAUUGGUUGUAUCGUUCUUAUCAGCUUACCAUUGUCGCAUAAGAUUGGUAACUUGUUCUCUCUUUACUUGCUUUACAGUGGUUCCUGUGUUAUCACUAAUAUUUACAUCUGGAAUUCAUGCAAUACCUCCGGUUACACGAAAAGGAUUUUCAGAAAUGCUGUUACAAUGAUUGUAUACAACGUUUCCUGUAUUGUCGCUCCACAGAUGUUUAGAGCAUACUCUGCACCACGUUACAUACCAGCAAAAAUUGCCUUGUUAGUCACUCAGUGUGUUUGUGUUCCCUUGCAAUUAUACGUCGGCUACAUUUGCAAGAAAGAAAAUGAAAAACGGGACAGGGAACAAGAAGGCCAAGACAAGAAAAAGUACCAAUUUUUGGACUUGACUGAUAUGGAAAACAAAAGCUUCAGGUACAUUUAUUAA